AAUCCCCCUAGUCCCCCUCAGGACCCCCCAGCUCCCUCAGGACCCCCCAAACCCCCUGGACCCCAAUCCCCCAAACCCCCUCAGGACCCCCCCAAACCCCCUCAUUCCCCCCCAUCCCCCCUCAUUCCCCCCCCCCCGCCCCGGCUGACCGCUCCCCAUUCCGCAGUGGUGGCUCCCGAGCAGGACGCGCUGGUGGCCCUGGAGGUGCCGCCGCCGUCGCCGCCCCCGCUGGCCAAGAAGGGCCCGAGCUCGGCGCUGGAGCCGCCCCCGCCCCGCCUGGGGCCCAAGCUGAGCCCGGAGCCCCCGGGCAGCAAGGACGGCCAGGACACCAAAGCCUCCAGCCUGACGACGUGCGAGGUGUGCGGCGCCUGCUUCGAGACGCGCAAGGGGCUCUCGAGCCACGCGCGCUCGCACCUGCGCCAGCUGGGCGUGGCCGAGUCCGAGAGCUCGGGCGCGCCCAUCGAUCUCCUCUACGAGCUCGUGCGCCACAAGCCCAAGGCCGAGGGCCCCGCGCUGGCCAAGAAGUCGGCGCUGGGCGGUUCCCCCAAGGAGCCGGGGGCGCCGCGGCCGCCGCUGCUGCUGCUGCCCAAGCCCGAGGGCUCCCUCAACAAGGCCAUCAAAUCCCCGCCGGGCUUCGCCAAAGCCCUGGGCCGGCCGGGCUCGCCCGCGCUCCGCAAGCUCCCGGCGCCGCUGCCGGGCUCGCCCAAGGGCGGCACCGAGGAGAAGGGGGCGAAGCUGGCGCUGAGCCCGCUGCCCGCCGACGGCAAGUGGGCGCCCGACGACGACGGGCCCCUCAACCUCACCUCGGGCUCGGAGCCGUGCCGCGACAUCCGCUGCGAGUUCUGCGGGGAGUUCUUUGAGAACCGCAAGGGGCUCUCGAGCCACGCGCGCUCGCACCUGCGCCAGAUGGGCGUCACCGAGUGGUACGUGAACGGCUCGCCCAUCGACACGCUGCGGGAAAUCCUCACCCGCCGCCGGCCCGGCCACCCCAAGGCCUUGGCCAAGAGCCUGCUGGGCGGGCUGGCCCCGCUGGAGCCGCCCCGGGCCGGCCCCGAGCUGCACCUGCCCCCGGGGCUGGGCAAGAAGGUGCCGGCGCCGCUGAGCCCCCCGGGCCCGGCCCCCGGCGCCGCCUCCUCACCGCCGCCGCCGCCGCCGCCCACGGCCAGGAAAAUGUUCCCGGGGCUCUCGGCGCCCUCGCUGCAGAAGAAACUGAAGCAGGACCAGCUCAGGGUGGAGAUCAAGCGGGAGCUGAUGGCUGGAGGAGGAGGAGGAGGAGGAGGAGGAGCCGGGAUCCAUCCCGGGGAGGCGCCGGCGCCGCCGGACCCGGCCUGGGCAGCGCACGAGGAGAUGGCGCCGCUCAACCUCUCCUCCCGGGCGGACCCGGUGCGCGACAUCCGCUGCGAGUUCUGCGGGGAGUUCUUUGAGAACCGCAAGGGGCUCUCAAGCCACGCGCGCUCGCACCUGCGCCAGAUGGGCGUCACCGAGUGGUCGGUGAACGGCUCGCCCAUCGACACGCUGCGGGAAAUCCUCAGGAAGAAAUCCAAGCCCUGCCUCAUCAAGAAGGAGCCGCCGCUGGCGCCGGGGCUGGAGCCGGGCCCGGGGCUGUGCGAGGAGGAGCCCAAGGCGCCCCCGGGGCCGGGCAAGGCGCUGCCGCCCGGGCUGGCCCUGGGCAAGGCGGGCGCGGGGCUGGCGCUGGCACCGCUGGGCUCCAAGGGCGGCCCCGGGGCCUUCCUGGCUGCCAAGAGACCCCUGGGCGACGCCGACAGGCUGGGCGGGCACGGCGAGGCCAAGCACAAAGGCUUCGAGCUGGGCUUCAAGGCCAAGGCCCUGCACGACAAGGCCUCAGCAGAAGCGUGCUGCGAGCUGUGCGGGCUGUACUUUGAGAACAGGAAGGCGCUGGCCAGCCACGCCCGCGCGCACCUGCGGCAGUUCGGCGUCACCGAGUGGUGCGUGAACGGCUCGCCCAUCGAGACGCUGCGCGAGUGGAUCCGGCACCGCCCGCACAAGGCCGGCGCCUACCGCAGCUACAUCCAGGGCGGGCGCCCCUUCUCCAAGAAGUUCCGCAGCUCGGCGCACCCGCGGGAGCCGCGCGGGGCCCUGGCCGUGCCCUUCCUGCCCAAGGGCGGGCUGGCGGCCGAGGCGGCGCUGGGCGAGUGCGGGAAGGGCCCCGAGGGCGCCGAGCGGGCGCUGGGGACGCCGCUGGGAGUGGUCAAGGUGGAGGAGCAGAGGGGCAACUUCAGCAAGUUUGAGCGGCGCCAGGCGCGGCCCCCGGAGCCGCCGCUGCCGCGCGAGGCCGAGCCCGGCGCCGCUGAGUUCCCGCGGAAGCUCCCGGAGCCGCGGCCGCCGCCCCGCGUGCGCCCGGUGCCCGCCCUGGUGCCGCGCCCGCCCCAGACCUCGCUCGUCAAGUUCGUGGGCAACAUCUACACCCUCAAGUGCAGGUUCUGCGAGGCGCAGUUCCAGGGCCCGCUGGCCGUGCAGGAGCAGUGGCUGCGGCACCUCCAGCGCCACAUCCUCGCCACCGAUUUCUCGCGCCCGGAGCCGCCCAGCGAGGCCCCCCCGGAGCCGCCGGCCCUGAGCGCCCCCCUUUCCCAAAACCCUGGGAAUUAAAACAAAAACACAAAAAAAAAA